CAACAAGUAAACUCGAGCUUAAUAAAUACAACUUAGUGACAAGCAUGGGCUAAAUGUGUUUUUGUGAGUGAGCGUUGUUGUGGUUUGUUGACAGUAUGGCGGAUACAGCCAGCAGCUAACUAGCUCACUGUUAGCGUUUCCACUCACUGCGUUAUUUUGCUUCUUCGGACUGAUGAGGAAAUCGUGGAGGAUGACCUGAACAUCAGCUGAUUAACACACUCUCCGCUGAGCUGUGUAACGUGUAAACGUGUUAGCUAAUUGUUUCUCAUAGCGUGUUCGCUUGGGAAUUGUUUACAGUCUGGACGGGAGCUGAUUUAAAGCGCUUUCACUUCGUACGUUUACUUCAUUAUAACUUGGUUUUCUAACCAGUACCACCAUCAUGCAUGACGCAUACGAACCUGUGCCAAUUUUGGAGAAACUGCCCCUCCAGAUCGACUGCCUGGCAGCGUGGGAGAAUUGGCUCCUAGUGGGCACAAAACCAGGCCACCUGCUUCUGUACAGAAUUAAAAAGGAUGCAGGUACAAACAGAUUUGAGGUAACACUAGAAAAAUCCAACAAGAACUUUUCAAAGAAGAUUCAGCAGCUGUAUGUGGUAUCCCAGUACAAUAUUUUGAUCAGUCUGUUGGAGAAUAAUAUUUAUGUCCAUGACUUGCUCACGUUUCAGCAGAUGACUGUGGUAACAAAAGCUAAAGGAGCUACACUUUUUGCUUGUGAUGUACAGCAGUCCAGCUCAGGUGAAGCUAAAUUGCGGAUGUGUGUUGCUGUCAGGAAAAAACUCCAGCUGUAUUAUUGGAAGGACAGAGAGUUCCAUGAAUUGCAGGCAGAUUUUGCCGUUCCCGAUAUUCCAAAGUCCAUGGCUUGGUGUGAAAAUUCAAUAUGUGUGGGUUUCAAGCGUGACUACUACCUGAUCCGGAUGGAUGGUCGUGGCUCGAUCAAAGAGUUGUUCCCAACUGGGAAGCAGCUGGAGCCACUGGUUGCUCCUCUAGCUGAUGGGAAGGUGGCUGUGGGUCAGGAUGACCUAACAGUGGUUUUAAAUGAGGAAGGAACCUGCACUCAGAAGUGUGCCCUCAACUGGACGGACAUCCCUGUUGCAAUGGAGCAUCAGCCUCCUUAUAUUAUUGCAGUUCUUCCACGCUAUGUGGAGAUUCGUACCUUUGAACCAAGGCUGCUGGUACAGAGUGUGGAGCUACAGAGGCCACGUUUCAUAACCUCUGCUGGGCCCAAUAUCGUGUACGUUGCCAGUAACCAUUUUGUAUGGCGUCUGGUGCCAGUUUCCAUAGCGAGCCAGAUCCGACAGCUUUUACAGGACAAGCAGUUUGAGCUGGCACUUCAGCUUGCUAAAAUGAAGGAGGACUCAGAUGGUGAUAAGAGACAGCAGAUUCACCAUAUUCAGAAUCUUUACGCCUUCAAUCUCUUCUGCCAGAAGCGUUUUGAUGAAUCUAUGCAGGUGUUUGCCAAGCUUGGCACAGAUCCAACUCAUGUUAUUGGGUUGUACCCAGACCUCCUGCCUUCGGAGUACCGGAAGCAGUUGCACUACCCCAAUCCUCUACCUACUCUCUCUGGAGCUGAGCUAGAGAAAGCCCACCUGGCUCUCAUCGACUACCUUACGCAGAAACGCAGUCAUCUGGUAAAGCAGCUAAAUGACUCAGACCCGUCCACCACCUCACCGCUUGUGGAGGGCACGCCCACCAUCAAAAGCCGAAAGAAGCUUCUUCAGAUCAUAGACACAACCUUGCUUAAGUGCUACCUCCAUACGAACGUGGCCUUGGUGUCACCUCUUCUGCGUCUGGAGAACAACCACUGUCAUGUAGAGGAGAGCGAGUAUAUUCUAAAGAAAGCCCACAAGUACAGCGAGCUGAUCAUCCUCUAUGAGAAGAAAGGCUUGCAUCAGCAAGCCCUACAGGUCCUGUUGGAUCAGUCCAAAAAAGCCAACUCUCCUUUGAAGGGUCAUGAGAGGACAGUGCAGUAUCUUCAGAGACUUGGGGCAGAAAAUCUGGGCAUUAUAUUUGAGUUUUCCCCAUGGGUACUGAAAAUCUGUCCAGAGGACGGGCUGAAGAUUUUCACAGAAGAUCUUCCAGAAGUAGAAGUGCUGCCCAGAGACAAGGUGCUGAACUUUUUGAGAGAAGGUUUUAAGGAGCUGGCCGUGCCAUAUCUGGAGCACAUUAUUUAUGUGUGGGAAGAGACGGGCCCCGAGUUCCACAAUGUGCUGAUUCAACUUUAUCUAGAGAGUGUACAAGCCCUGAUGAAGGAGUAUCUGAACUCAUUGCCUAAAGGUGUCCCAGCUGUUGCUGCAGGAAAGGAAGAAGGUGAACUCGGAGAGCUCAGAAACAAGCUGUUGACUUUCUUGGAGGUUUCCGUUCACUAUGAGCCAGACAGACUUAUUAGUAACUUCCCAUUUGAUGGUCUGUUGGAGGAGCGAGCCCUGCUACUGGGUCGAAUGGGCAAACAUGAGCAAGCACUUCUUAUCUACGUGCACAUACUGAAGGACACGCGUAUGGCAGAGGAGUACUGUCACAAGCAUUAUGACAAAUCAGCAGAUGGAAGUAAAGAUGUGUACCUGUCUCUGCUGCGCAUGUACCUGUCUCCUCCAGAUGUUAACUGUCCUAUUAAAAUGAAGAUGUUUGAACCCCAGGCUAAUCUUCAAGCUGCUCUGCAGGUCCUCGAGCUGCACCACAGCAAGCUUAACACUACCAAGGCUAUAAACCUGCUCCCAGCAAACACUCAGAUCAAGGAAAUUAGUGUGUUUCUGGAAAGUGUGCUGGAGGAGAACGCUCAGAGAAAACGCUUCAACCAGGUGCUUAAGAGCCUGCUGCAGGCCGAGUUUCUCCGGGUCCAGGAGGAGCGAAUCUUUCAUCAGCAGGUGAAGUGUGUCAUAACUGAGGAGAGGACCUGCCGAGUGUGUAAGAAAAAGAUUGGAAACAGUGCCUUUGCCAGAUAUCCAAAUGGUGUGGUGGUCCAUUAUUUUUGCUGUAAGGAUCGCAGUGUGUGUCCCACAGAACAAUGAGAUUUCCCUGCUGGAUGUACUCAAGACACAUCUCUAACUACUAAGACCUUUACAUAAGGUACCUUAUAAGAAAGUGACUUAAAUGAAAGGAAUGCAAAUCUGCCACUCAGUGGGCAGCUUGGCACGGACAACGAACUACAAGGACUGUUUUGUGUAGGAAAUGUUACAGCACCUUGAAAUUUGGUUGGUGAUCAGUGAAAGCAAAAUUGCUAUCAUUUUCUAGCUUUGAAGACAAUUGACACUGCACAACAUACUGUAGAAUUCUUCAUUUCUGUGAGGAAAAAUGCCUCUUCUACCUAUAGCUUGUUUUUUUUAUUUUAUUUUGAGGUACAUGCUUAACAUCCGUCAUACAUCAUGCCUUGUGUGUCAGUGGGAGAGCUUUAUAGGCCUGAGUUUCAUUUAUAUAAAGGCUAUCAUUGUUCUGUUCCACCUCGAUUAAUCAGAAAUAUAUUUUAUAUUUGACUGAAGUUAAAAAUGGUAAAAAGAGUAAAAAGAAGUUUGGGUCAGACAUUGUGCCUAGUGGUUAACUGUUCAUCAGAAGGUCAUUAUAAUAAUAGCCGGCGUAAUCGACUAUUAUUUGAAGACGGUUAAGCAUUAAUUAACAAAGCUCAUACCAGCUAAUCAAGCUUGGUCACGACCCAUAAACAAAGCCUGUAUCUAUUAAGAGAUGUCGUAUUUUAAAGCUCUUCCAGACAAACAAGUCACAUUGUGAAUGUAACAUAGUCUGCUAUGUCCUACUUCAAUAUUGGCUUGUGCAUGGAGCUAAAUAUUGCAUAUCCCCAUGUGCAGAGGUUCCUCUACUGUCUAAUUACCUCUAGACUAAUGGCCCACACUCUAAUGGUGCUGCUGUGUGAACUCGUUUUAGCGCUGGUCUAAAUUUACAUCAGGUAGCUGUUAAAACAACAUUUAUAGAAUAAUUACUUACUUAUAUUCACAAAAGAAAUGUUAAGAAUUGACCCAGAGUACUUGAAUAAGCAGUUGAUCAUUUACAAGCCCCUAUAACAAUAGAUAGGCUUUCCUUUUGAAUUAUGAACUUGUGAUGCCUAGUACUGCUGGAGGAAGAAUCCCGUGCCCACUUGGUCUUAGUACAACACAUUCUACUGUUGAAUGACAGAACCUGGUUAAUAGAAGACCAGUAAUUAUUUAAUUGCCUGACAUAAAAGAUAGCUUUUUAAAAAAAAGUAGAAAAAUAAUGCUGUUUCCUUUUUUCAGUCAUUGUUAGCCUGUUGUGGGAUUUCUUCUCUUCUUUUGCCUUAUCUUUUGUCUGCACUGUCUCAUGCACGCUUGUGUUUGUGCUUCAGGAAUAUACAGUUCUACUGUUUGCACACCACAUACACACAGCAAUUAACUUUAGUUUUAGGUUUCAGCACAAGCUUUUGUAUUGCACUGCAAUUGGCUUCUCAACAGCCGUGCACUUAAUCAUAAUCUCUAUUUCUCCAACUUUUUUGCAUGAUGUAAUUAAACAUAAAAAUUACGUUUUGUGCUUUGUCAAUUCCUGUCAAAUCCUUUCCAGACUGUUAUUUUGAGUUCGGCUUGAGUGCACUCUUGGCUUUACAGUAUUUACUUUAGUGGUUUUGGCUGCAUUCAUGAAACCAGAUACUUUUUGUCUUUUUGUCAGUUCUGCCUUUUUUUUUCUAGUUUUGUACAAAAUAUGUAGCAAGUUUGUUCUGAAGAUAAUGACAAUGUAUUCUUAAUGUAAUAUGCAAACCAGCCAGACAUGUUUUCUUGUUGUGGAAAGCUUUUUGACAGCAAAUGUCUCUGCUCACAGCAGCAUGGCACUUUUGGCUUCUAUCUAACGUGUGAUGUUAAUUUAUUUCUGGCACUAAAUUGGACUUGUUGUUGCUACAUGGAGGCAAAGCCACUUCUGAUUAGAGUGGACACUGCACAUAGGUGCUCUGUAAUUGCUUCCAUGUAGGGAGUGAUUUUUAGGUAGCACCAGCACCCAGGCUUGUUAAAUGUGUGCAGCAAUUUGUCCAUCCAACUUUGUCAUUAACCUGUCAUUUCCUCUGUUAUUUUACUUGUUCUUGACCCAGACUGUUGCCUAGACUGAAGAGGAUAAAUGAUGGUUGCUUAUGUUUGGAAGCAUCAUGUACAGGAUGUGUUUGGGUUGAAAAGUUGUAUUAAAAUAUAAGAUGAGGGUAAUACUAAUGCUAAUAAACAAUUCUCUUGUCAUGUG